UGGGUCGUCAGUGUGGGUUUGGCAGUGAAGGGAGGAAGACGCUCGCCGUCGCUCUCUCGCCAAGUUGUGUGUGCGUGUGUCUGUGCCUUUCGCAACUUGUCCCUGGACCAUGACAGCGCCCAUUUCGCCUUACUUCUGACCCCGAUUCUCCUUGAGAACGCGACCUGCACCUGAAACGCCUCCGUAGAUGCGGGAGUGUCCUCUCUCCAGAUCGUUGACAUUACCUCAGCUGACUCGCGGCCGCGCCGAGUCCCGUCGCUCCAGCUCGGUUUAAAUCCCUUUUAAAUGGCCAAGUGACCCUCGAGGGCGACCGCCGAUGACCCCCUCGCAGGCGACCCGUCAGGCAGCGGCGGCGGAACUGCAGCUCCAGUGACGCCGCAGGAGGCUCUGCAGCCGCCCCUCCGCCCGCCACAUCUGCUGGAAUUCCGGAAAUGUUGUGUAGGGAGGCGCAGGUGUGAGUCCCCCGUGUGCGUGUGUGUGCGGGUGUGCACGUGUGGUCAGCGAGUGGGUGUUUGCGAAGCGCACACCUGCCACACGCACCUGUUCUCCAAUUCCCUUGUUGUGGGCGUGAGCACUUGUCUCUCGCUAACCUUGACACUCACCUUUAUUUUCGAGGAGAGAAGCAGGGGAGACAGAGGAGGAGGAGGAGGAGGAGGAGAAGUGAAUGAGAGGGAGACAGAAAGAGAGAGAGACAGUUUGAGAGAGAGAGAGAGAGUGAGAGGAGAGGGUCGUACCGUCGCUGAACCAGUUCUAGCGAGCCGGGCACAGGACUUUAUGCCCGUGUGAUGCACCUCCGCCUACCACACUCACCACAUCCUCCGCCGCCACGCCAUGCCUGAGACAUAGGCCUACCUCGCCCUCGCUCCCCCGCCCCUUCCGCAAACGCCUUAUCCCCUAACAAAAACUUGCGCCAGAAUCCGGCGGCCUCCUACAAGCCGCCAUUGCUCGCACACCCUCGCUGCACACGUGUGAUGAUGUCUAGUGGGCGUGUAGGUGUGAGGCGGAGAAUGGGCGCCGUGAAGGAACCGCCCACGCCCGCCACCAACGGCGUGGGCGCCCCGAGGCAAUACACUCUCCAUGACUUCGACAUCAUUAAGACCAUCGGCACGGGCACCUUCGGCCGCGUGUGCCUGUGCCGGGACAAGGUGACGUCACAGUACCUGGCCAUGAAGAUCCUGGCCAUCAGCGACGUGAUCCGCCUCAAGCAGGUCGAACAUGUCAAGAACGAGAAAAGCAUCCUGGCCCUCGUCACGCACCCGUUCGUCAUUCAGAUGCACUGGCACCACCGCGACGAGAGGUUCCUGUACAUGCUGUUCGAGUACGUGUGCGGCGGAGAGCUCUUCUCGUAUCUCAGAAAUGCGGGGAAGUUUACGAUGACAACGGCCAUGUUCUACGCCUCAGAAAUUGUGUGCGCCCUCGAGUACCUCCACUCAUUGUCCGUUGUGUACAGAGACCUUAAGCCAGAGAACUUACUGCUUGACAAAGAUGGACACCUUAAGAUCACUGACUUCGGUUUUGCCAAGAAGCUCACCGACAGGACGUGGACCUUGUGCGGGACGCCGGAGUACCUCGCUCCUGAGAUCAUCCAGAGCAAAGGGCACAACAAGGCAGUCGACUGGUGGGCGCUGGGGAUCCUCAUCUACGAGAUGCUAGCUGGCUACCCGCCCUUCUUUGACGACAACCCCUUCGGCAUCUACGAGAAGAUCCUGGGCGGGCGGGUGGAGUGGCCGAGGCACCUGGAGGCCACCGCCAAGGACCUCGUCAAGAAGCUGCUCACUCAGGAUCGCACAAAGCGCUUGGGGAAUAUGAAGAAUGGUGCUGACGAUGUAAAGAGACAUCGAUUUUUCAAGAACACAGACUGGGAUGAAGUUUACCACAAGAAGUUAAAGCCCCCUAUAGUGCCGAAGGUGAGCUACGAGGGUGACACGCGCAACUUUGACGAUUACCCUGAGAACAACUGGCGGUCAACACAGGGAGUGUCUGACAUCGAGUUGGCGAUAUUCAGUGACUUCUGAGUGUUAUUAGGGAUGUGUGUGUAGUCUGUGAUCAAGGGAGACUCAUGUAAUUAUAAUCCGAGUUACGAAUGUUGUUAAACGGGUCAUGUACAACGAAUAUUUAUUGGUAAUUAAAUGUAAUUUUACUUUGUAUAUUAUGUAUGCAUUAUGAUCUGAGAUUUAGAUCUUGAAGAAAAGAAACAUGAAAAGAAAUUUAUAUGUUUAGAAAGUUGAUAACUACAAAAAAAAUUACAGAGAAUAGUUUUAUAUUUUGUGACACAUAACAAGGUUGUCUUGUGAAUAUUUUUUUCUCGGCUUUAUCACAGUAGAUUUUGAUGUCAUGUCAUAUCAACACAACCUGAGGAAACCUCACAAGGCAUGAAGCAAACCAGCAUAGCAUUUGGUGGAUCAUAUUCGUUAGGCUUUGUCUGCUAUAUUUUGCCUCUGUCACUCGUUUUUCAUCUUGAUAUAUUUAUUCAACUGUUUUUUUUUUUAUAUGUGAAUAACUUUUGUUGUUGCUUUUUAAGAUAAGCAGAAUUUAAACCAUGAAAGUUUUCCUUUUUAUUUUCUACUUUUAUCCUGAAUAUCUCAAAGACAUAUUGCUGUCAACAUGAUCUUAGAUAUUUUUUCUUCUCAGAUAAGUACAUUUGUCUCAUUUGAUAGAUACAGAUGUUACACAUUCACAACUCACUGCUGUUCAAGAUUCACCAUAGGAAGUAAUGGUUAGCUCUCCUACAUGGCUUGUCCUAAGUGUCAGGACUUGAGUUGCAAAUGAGUUUAAGGCAAGCAUAGGCAAACCAUUAGGAUGUUCUCCCAAACAGUCUCAAUUCCCUGGCAUAUAGUUGGCUUACACAAAGGUUAUGGAAUUGUAACUCAUAUGAUAUUUUUUGCUACUGAUGUACCUCUGAUGUGAUCUUGAUGAAAAUUAUUUUGCGCAUGUACUUCUGCCUUGCAUAAGUACUAAUGUCAGGCCUUUGUUGAUGCAAUGAACAAUUGAAUUAUAUUUUGUUUUGUUUUUCAGUGCAAUAUUUAUUUUCUUUUUACUGUGAAAUCAUAAGGUUUAAGAAAGAAAGCAUUUAUGUUGUAGCUAGUGCAAAAAGCUUCCAUUACUAGUAUUUUCAGUAAAACUUUGCCUGCUCAUUCAGUUAUAAGUUUCCAACUCCCCCCACUGAUCAGCUAAUGACAUCCACACUUUCAUAGAUAUCCAAAAGACUUUGCAGAUUAGCACACAGCCAAUAAGAAGCUGUUUCUUUUCUGUUCAGUAUGAUAAACCAACUCAGGCUCAUGGAAGAUCAAUUUGGACUUGAAUUUGCAUGGCUGAAUAUAUGUUGUUUCAAGUAUGUACAAUGGCAAGAUGUCAGAGUGCUUCCAGAUGUUAAAUUUGUGAUGCAGAAAAAAGUACAAUAAUAGAGAACUCUGUGUGCCUCAUAUAUCCUGGAAUGUAACUAGUUUCUGCUAAUUACAGUGUGAUUACAACGCAAGCUUUCACUCUAUUAAUGUCCAAUUUCCUUUGUCCACAUUUAACCAAGAUCUAAAAAUUUCAAUCUUUCCUAUCAAAAAAUAAACGAUUCUCCACAGCCUUAUGUGUUGUGUGUGUGUGUGUGUGCAGGUGAUCUCCCCAUGUACAUACACACUCUAAAAAGAGUAUGCACAUAACUCUCAGGGUGACACUUGAUGUAUACACGAUUAUGGCAUGUCAUACCUGAUGUGUAGAUUUGGUCACACCCUUAAUAGGUCCUGAUUGCAAAACUUAUCUAGAACAUGUAAACAUCUUUUUCACAGUGUGCACAUGUAAAGUAUAUGAUACAUAUGCAUGCAGUGCUUAUUACAGACCCAUUACCAUAGUGCACCAACACACAUGCCAUCACUCUUGUGUCCGGAAUAUGGUCACAAGAGAUCAUCCAGAGAGAUUAUCCAUUUUAUCCAGAUUACCCAACUGACCUCAAGAGUGGAUUACAUAAUAUAGAUUACACAGACAUCCACUGUCAUGCAUUCACCCCUGUAUAUUAUCAGUCUCAUAAUCUCAUUUGUCAUGAAUAAUAUUUCCUUUUUCCAUUUGUGCAACAGUCUGUUGACUCAGGGACAGGCAAAGAAGGGAUGUGAGGUGUUACAAUACAUCAAGAUGUGUCAGCAGUAUAUUUUUAUUUCAUUCUCCCUAAACAUUUUGAAUUGCAAAACCUUUCAAAGGUAGAUUGAUUAACUGCUACUGGGAAUCAUGAAUGGCAUGACACAGGAUGUUUCCAGUGCUGUAGUUUGCAUUUUCAUGUUCAUGUUCUUCAUGUCCAUUCUUCCUCCUUUGUACUAAUUUAUAUGCCAAAAAGAUUGAAAAGGGAUAGGCAAGCAUUUUUGUAAAGGUAAACAGGCCAUUAUUAUUGCAGUUUCCUUAGUUAUUUUAUUGAUCCUCCAUUACCUGAAACUCCAGUUUAGUUUUGUUUGAAAAUUGUGAGUCACAUAUUCAAGCAGAAAGACAUUUCAUUGCAGCAAAAUUGUAUUCUGUAAUUAUAUUGCGUUUGACUUAUGCUUCCUUCUUUGUUAAUCCUUCCACAAGCAUUUAUAGUUAUUAGCAUCUAUGUAACCUUGUUUUAGAGCAAGAAAGGACCAAAGCAGAGGUGUACCAAGUAGAGAGGUGCUUUUAUCUAAUUGAAUAUAUCUCUUUGGAGGACAUACCUACUUAAAUAUAACAGAGAAAUAUGUGUGAUGCUUUGCAGUUAUAUAAUAUCCUCUUAUGUAAAUAAAGGAUAUAAUACCAAAAAUUAUUAUUAUUUUUACAAAUGGACUCAUUGAUACAUGUAACAUUUCCUCUUACCAGCAUUUUUUGGGUCACUUACUUGCUUAGGUGCUAAAACUAUCUAUCCACUACUCAGUCUUUAAUCUUGUCUUAUUGUUUUGGGUGUGUUCUCACUAAAUGUAUGUUCCUAAAAUAUAACCAUUUAUUAUUAUUAUUAUUUCAUAACUACAACAUAAUAAAUGUGGAAUGAAGUGUGUACUGCCUUCAUGAAAUUGUUUUGAUUCGCAUUGCUAAUGAGGAGUGUCAAACUGUGGAGAUGGUUUUGGGAUUUCUACUUUUAAGUGAUAUUUUGUGAAAGGUACUGAAGUUAGUGAAUACAUUUGAUUUAAAUACAAUGAUGUAUAGGGCUAUGGGAUGGCUUUGUAACAACAUUCUCGUUUAUGGCAUUUUUAUGAAUCUGUCUACAUCUUCUUUAUUCUUUAAUAGCUAAUGUCUGUCGGAGUUUGCCCUUGGAUAUGUUACUCUAAUAAUAGGAUAUUUUACAUCAUAUAUUACCUGUUGAUCUGGUCCAAAGUGUGUCACUAACUGAGGUUAUUGAUGACUUUGAGUGUAAUGGAUGUAUUAUCACAUGUUGGUAGUUACUUGAAUUACUUGAAAGCUCUUUCCUUUUCAAUAUCCUGUAAUCUCUAUAUAUAACAUGCAUAUUUCAUCAGUACUUACAUGUUUUAACUAAA